AUGGGGUCGGCUACCAGCGAUGAUUCAAAUAAAUGGAUGCUAGAAAGCAUUCAGAUUGACAAAAUGGUUGAUGUAAAUAUUGAUGAUGAUUCAAGCAGCAGCAUUGCAUCCAAAACCGCUAAUGAGACAUCUUUCAGGAGGACAAUUAGUAAUGUAAGGAAGAGAAGUGGACCUCUUCCUCCACGACCAAAGAUGGAUAGGACGGCGUCUUGUGCUGCGAAGGGGCUUCAAAGUUUGCGGUUCCUCGAUAGGACAGUCACAGGGAAGGAAAUGGACGCGUGGAGAUCCAUCGAGAGGCGGUUUUUUCAAUAUGCAAUUGAUGGGAGGCUCUAUAGGGACAAAUUCGGGGUCUGCAUUGGAAUGGGAGAUUCCAAGGAAUUUGCAGGGGAAAUUUUUGAUGCCAUUGCUAGGCGGAAGGGAAUAGACGCGACACAAGGUAUAAACAAGGAUCAAGUCAAAAUGUUUUGGGAAGAUAUGACUAAAAGAGAUCUUGAUUCUCGACUUCAAAUUUUUUUCGACAUGUGUGACAAAAAUGGGGAUGGGAAGUUGUCAGAGGAUGAAGUGAAAGAGGUUAUACUGUUGAGUGCAUCUGCAAACAAGCUCUCAAAUCUGAAACAGCAAGCGGAGACAUACGCGUCUUUAAUCAUGGAAGAGCUUGACCCUGAUCACAAUGGAUAUAUAGAGAUGUGCCACCUUGAAGCUCUAAUGAGAGGAAUGGUGGGUAAUGAAGAUGGUAAAAAGCUCAAUACCAAGACACAUACUCUCACAAGAGCUAUGAUUCCGAAAAGAUACAGAACUCCUGUUAGCAGAUUCUUUUCCUUAACCAUAGAAUUACUGCAUGAGAACUGGAGAAGAAUUUGGGUUGUUGCAUUGUGGUUAGUGAUAAACGCGGUCCUUUUCAUUUGGAAGUUUAAGGAGUUUGAGAAAUCGGUGACAUUCCAAAUCUCUGGUUCCUGUGUCUGCCUUGCCAAAGGUUCUGCUGAGGCGCUUAAGCUCAAUAUGGCUCUCAUUUUAGUACCUGUGUGUAGAAAAACUCUAACAAUGCUUAGAUCAACAUUUCUCAAUAACUUCGUACCUUUUGAUGACCAUAUAAACUUCCACAAGGUGAUUGCACUAGGAAUUGUGAUCGAAACUGUUAUUCACACAGCAGCGCAUAUGCUUUGUAAUUUUCAGAGAAUGAGUUCAUACCCAAGAGAUAAAUUCAUGGAACUUGUUGGUCCCGCAUUCCAUUACAAGCCGCCAACAUAUAUAUCCUUUAUAGAAUCCGUUCCAGGUGCAACUGGGAUUUUUAUGAUCAUUAUAAUGGCCUUUUCGUUCACGCUGGCGACGAGCUAUUUCAGAAGGAACAUAGUCAAGUUACCAGGGAUUUUUCACAAUUUGGCAGGGUUUAACUCCUUCUGGUAUGCGCAUCAUUUGCUUGCUGUGGCCUAUCUCCUGCUAUUAAUGCAUGGCUACUACUUAAUUAUUGAGAAGCCAUGGUAUACGAAGACGACAUGGAUGUACCUUGCAGUACCAGUAACAUGUUAUGCUACAGAAAGAUUAAUCCUCACAAAGAUUCAAGAACACUCGCAUGGCGUUAAUGUCAUUAGGGCAGUAAUAUAUACUGGAAAUGUUCUUGCACUUUACAUGACCAAGCCUCCAGGAUUCAAGUAUAAAAGUGGCAUGUAUCUUUUCGUCAAGUGCCCGGAUUUGUCAACUUUUGAAUGGCAUCCGUUCUCGAUUACUUCUGCACCAGGAGAUGAUUACUUGAGUGUCCAUAUACGAACCUUGGGAGACUGGACUACAGAACUCAAGAAUUUAUUUGAAAAGGUUUGUGAGCCUCCAGCAGCUAAACCCAGAAGGGGAAAUCUAGUGAGACUCGAAACGAAAGCAAUUUCGAGCCCAAAUUUCGAUAAAAUACAAGCAGAAUUUCCAAAGAUCCUCGUCAAGGGACCAUACGGAGCUCCAGCUCAGAAUUUCAAGAAGUUUGACAUAUUACUGCUGGUUGGUCUAGGCAUUGGAGCAACUCCAUUCAUCAGCAUCAUAAAAGAUCUUCUUAACUACAUCAAACCAAACGAAUCCAGUACGUUAGCAGAGCAACCCACAAAGGGUCCUGAAAGAGCAUACUUUUAUUGGGUAACCAGGGAACAAGGCUCCUUUGAAUGGUUCAAGGGUGUCAUGGAUGAAAUCGCGGAGUACGAUCACAAUCAUAUCAUAGAAAUGCACAACUACUUAACUAGUGUAUAUGAAGAAGGAGAUGCUCGGUCUGCGCUCAUCGCCAUGGUGCAGAAACUACAACAUGCUAAGAAUGGGGUUGACAUUGUGUCAGAUAGCAGGAUAAGAACACAUUUUGCAAGACCAAACUGGAAGAAGGUGUUCUCUAAUUUGGCAACGACACAUCAGUCUUCUCGGAUCGGUGUUUUCUACUGUGGAAGUGCCACACUAACCAAACCACUGAAGCGUCUUUGCCAGGAAUUUAGCUUGAAUACUACGACUCGGUUCCAGUUUUACAAAGAGAACUUUUAGAGUAGCUAAAAACACACACAGACCAACCCUACAUUAACUUGUAUACAUUAAUCAAACAAUAUUGAAUUCAGAUACAGAGAGAGUUUACUUAGUCAAGAUUCAAUGAAGAUUUCC